AUGGAGGAGAGUGAUUCAAGGGUGAACGUAGCAGGCGGCAUAGUGCAGCAGGAAGUAGAUGUCGACCUUGGCUUAAUGAGCGAGGACGGCAAACACUCGGAAGGGGCUGAAUUGGUCAGCGGACCAUGGCUAGGUGAUCCCUUAGGCCGCGGGCUUUGUCCACAAACGGGGGCUUUUCCCGACGACGCGGGCGAGCCGGGACUAGGUCAGGUACGCAGUGAAAGUGUAGCUACCCUUAGCGAAGCUACGGUUUCUGAGGCGAACGAGGUGAGCGCACCGAAAGUAGCAAAUGACAAUGUGCUACUGCAGUUUUUACAGAGGAUGGAUAGAGAUAAUAAGGAAAGAGAUAGGGAGUAUAAGGAAGGAUUGGAAGCGAAUAAAAAAAGAUUAGAAGCGAAUAAGGAAAGAUUGGAAGCGAUGGAUAAAGAUAAUAAGCAAAGAUUGGAAGCGAAUAAGGAAAGGUUGGAAGCGAUGGAUAAAGAUAGUAAGGAAAGAUUAGAGGCAAUGGAUAAGGGAAAUAAAGAGGCAAUGAGGAAGCUACACACAGUUAUCGAUGAGCGGUUGUCCGCAGUUAAUAAUCGGGUAGAUGAGGGGGAGAAGAAUCUGGGUGUGUUGAAGCAAGUAUGUGACGCCAUGAAAGACAAAGCCAGUAAUUUGGAGGUACGAAUAAUUGCAAUAGAGAGUGAUAUUACAGAACGUAGAGACGUGUUGCCAGAUGAGCGAAACAAAGAGAUAAUGGAGGACUUACUUACAGAUAAACAAGGGGCAUUAGACAGCGUGGAAGCUCAAGUAACCCGGCAGGAAGUGGCGCUAAAUAAACACAGGGAUGAAGUUGCAGAGGAAGUGGUCAGAAUGAAUAUGAUUAGCGCAGAUGUAGAAAAGAUCAGUAUAAGAGGCGAAACAGGCUCUGACAGUGCGCAGCGAGAGGUUUAUGCCGACCAGGAGGAGAUACAAUCAUUAUUACAGUUUAAAGAGGCACAAUUAGAAAUAAAUAGGAAACAUAGGGAAGAACUAGCACAGUUGCAAUUAGCGUGCUAUUGUGAAGGUGACACACCACCAGGUAGAUUGCAGAGGGAGAGUGACAAAUUCAAAAAAAGAAAAUAG